AGUUCCAAAACAAAUAUGGAGGUCGACAGCACCAGCAGGGGACGUCGGGACGUGUAGCUAUAACUAUCUAACAAGUCAUUUAUACUUUUUUACGAAAUCCACAUUCCAACAAGAUUCAACCUAGCCCUAUAGCAAGUGCUUCUGUACAACAAAUUGGCAAUGUUGCUCAAUUCCGAGCAGGAGGCUCUAGUAGGACAGGUGUUCGAAGCCUAUGUCACUGAGCACCACUGCAGCGAAGUGCUUGAAAUCCUGCAACAACCGGACGUGGAUGCUCACUACCCUGUGGUGGUGAACGCCAUGACUUUGUUCGAGGCCAACAUGGAGGUGGGAGAUUACUUCAACGCCAGCCCUAUUGAAGUUCUCACCAUAUUUGACAACGCGCUGCAUCGAGCGGCUGACGCCCUGGCGUCUGAGAGCUUGUCCCAAUGCGGAGGGCAUAAAGUCAAACACAACCUACACGCCCGUAUCACAGGUCUCCCCGUGUGUCCGGAGAUCACCAGGGAGAACAUCCCCAGGUCCAGAGACGUAGGUCACUUCCUGUCCGUCACGGGAACCGUCAUCCGGACCAGCGCCGCCAAGGUGCUGGAGUACGAGAGGGACUACAUGUGCGCCAAGUGUCGCCAUGUCUUCUCGGUGCAGGGGGACUUUGAGCAGUACUACGCCUUUUCCCCCCCAAGCGCCUGCCCCAAUCAGCACGGCUGUGACUCCUACAAGUUCACCUGUCUGUCGGGAGGCUCCGCCCCCUCCGCCUGCAGGGACUUCCAGGAGAUCAAGAUCCAGGAGCAGGCCCAGAGGCUGUCUGUGGGCAGCAUCCCUCGCUCCAUGAUGGUCAUCCUGGAGAACGACCUGGUGGACACCUGCAAGUCUGGUGACGAUUUGACGGUGUACGGCGUGGUGCGUCAACGCUGGAAGCCGCUGGGCCAGGACAGCCGCUGUGAGGUGGAGCUGGUGCUGCAGGCCAACCACCUGGAGGUGAACAACCAGCAGAGCAUCGGGGCCCUGCUGCUAGAAGACCUGCACAGGGACAUAGAGGCCUUCUGGCUGAGCCACAGACACGACCCCCUGGCUGGCAGGAACCACAUCCUGAUGAGUCUGUGCCCCCAGGUCUUUGGCAUGUAUGUGGUUAAACUGGCCGUUGCCAUGGUGCUGGCAGGCGGCGUGCAGAGGGUGGACCCUUCUGGAACCAAAGUGAGAGGAGAGUCCCAUAUGUUGCUUGUGGGGGAUCCUGGAACAGGGAAGUCACAGUUCCUGAAGUACGCCGCCAAGAUCACCCCGCGCUCUGUCCUCACUGCUGGCAUCGGCUCCACCAACGCAGGCUUGACGGUGGCAGCGGUGAAGGACUCGGGGGAGUGGCACCUGGAGGCGGGGGCCUUGGUCUUGUCAGACGGGGGUCUGUGCUGCAUCGACGAGUUCAACAGCAUCAAGGAGCACGACCGCACCAGCAUCCACGAGGCCAUGGAGCAGCAGACCAUCAGUGUGGCCAAGGCAGGGAUAGUGUGUAAGUUGAACACGAGGACCACCAUCCUGGCAGCCACCAACCCCAAGGGUCAGUACGACCCUAACGUCCCCGUGUCGGUCAACGUAGCGCUGGCCAGCCCUCUGCUCAGCCGCUUCGACCUGGUGCUGGUGCUGCUGGACACCAAGAACCCCCACUGGGACCGCAUCAUCUCCUCCUUCAUACUGGAGAACAAAGACGGCCCUUCUUUCUCCUCCUCCUCCUCUCUGUGGUCGAUGGAGAAGAUGAAGGCCUACUUCUGCCUGGUGAAGAGGCUGCAGCCACAGGUGGGCGCCGACGCCAGCUCCGUCCUGACCUGCUACUACCAGCUGCAGAGGCAGAACGCCGACCGCAGUGCCGCGCGCACCACCAUCCGCAUGCUGGAGAGCCUCAGCAGGCUGGCCGAGGCUCACGCCAGGCUGAUGUUCCGAGAAACGGUGACCAUCGAGGAUGCAGUAGCUGUCGUCUCAGUAAUGGAGUGUUCCAUGCAGGGGGGCGCUCUCCUGGGAGAUGUGAACGCGCUGCACACCUCCUUCCCCUCCGACCCCUGCCAGCAGUACAGGAACCAGUGUCAGAUCGUUCUAGAAGGCCUCCAACUCCCACAACUCCUCAAGAAGGAAAUGGACAGACUGGACAGGCUGCAGAACCAGAGGCCCGGUUCUCCACCCCAGCAGGUCCGACCUGUCCGACCUCAGACCCCCCAGACACACAGGCGCAUGACCCCCGACCCCACCUCCAGCAUCACCGCGUCUGACAUCACGGAGAGUGGACUGGAGUGGUUCCAGACGCUCGCCAACCAAUCACAGUCACCGGUCACCUCUCCAGUCACGACAUCCACCCAAAAUAACGGCAACACCACCACCUCCCCCGCUGCAACGGACAAAACACGACAUCCCAACGACGGUGCCUCGAAUCCGGCCCACUCGUUUCUGGAACACCCCGUCGCGCCGUUGCCUAGCAACAGGAAUGGCAGUGCGUUGCGUAAGAACUCCGGUAAAAUUCCCUCUUUACAUGAAGAGGAGGCGGGGUGUGACGAUGGUAGAGCGGUAGCGUCGGCAGGCCCAGAACCAGCCAGUUGUGUGGUCCAGAAGGUCUCCAGGAAGCUAAGGGAGAAACGCCUCCAGGAGAUGAUCAACCCCCCGCUUGGGGGGUUGGCGGAGGAAGGGGGAAGCGGGGAUGGAGGUUCCCCAAAGUUCCUGACGGAGGAUUUAGCGAAGGCAUCCACCACAGACCCUCCACGGCCCUCCCCCGCCAGCGCAACCGUGGUCGGGCAGAUUCCCGGUACGUCGAACGACGUUCCCCGCCGCACGAAGCCCUCUGAUAGGGCGGGGGCAGAUAUAUCAGGGAGCGCGCCAGGGGAAGACUUACAAGCCAAGUUCUCGGGGUUCACAUUCAAACCCAGGGAGAAGAUGAGACUUGAUGCGGCACCCUCCACCUCGGACCCAGACCCCCUCACCGAAAGCCACACUGGGCCAGAGAGAAGGAGGCCGGAUGGUGCGGAGAGCAGACACGAGAGCAUGUUAUCCAGUGUCCCGCCAGCAGGGGGCAGCAGACCAGAGAAGAGCCGGCUGAAGCUUCAGAAGGAUGAGAGGAGAAAGAGCUCCUCUUGUGACCUGAGGGAGGAGGUGGUGAAGUCAUCUGGCGGGGGCGGGGGCGAGAGGGGGGAAAGAGGGGACGAGCCCAAACGGAAACGUGAGAAGCUGCUCCAAAGACUGGGUGGUCUGGCUCCAGGUGAGAGCAGACCAGACCUCCCUUCUGCACCCCAGCCACCAUUACUACCUCCCCACAGUCCUGCCUCAGUCCCCGGGCCCUUGCCCCAACCCCGAGCAGAACCCAACACUGCACCCCAACCACCCUUGCUACACCCCCCCAGGCCCAGUGUCGUGGCCUCAACCCUAGCCAAACUCUCCCACUUCACCUUCACAGCCAAUAACGAACCAAAAACUACAAUUCCCACAAAUGGAACAAUUCUGAAAACCAAUGAGGAGCCCAAUACCUCAACGACAACCAUUGACGGAGCUUCACGGGGACACACAACAUUGUCUAUAGAGCCCAAACUAGGUAACCCCAAGUCUUGUACCCCUGCCUCUACGAGUACACAUCCGAAGACAUCUCCACAGAGUAAAGCCUCCACAGAAGCCAGGCCUGAGUGGCCCGGCAGGGGGCAGACAUCCUCACAGCUAGGGGGCGCUAGUGAGCAGGAUGGGCCCGGAGGAGAUUCCCACGGAGCAGAGAACCCCAAGAAGAGGAGAUGUUUUGAGCUGGGGUCGGGGUCAGGUCUGGGGUCUAAAAACCCUUUCUCAAGGCUGUCUCUGUUCAACUCCGCUAACUUUGACGACAACGACGAUGGUGAAGAUGGUCUGGACGUGGACUGGGACUGAGGGACAGGAAAGGAAGCCACGGUCUAGAUGGUGUAAUUCUCUGAGACAAUAUACCAAAAUGUCCUGGUGUUUGUUUGUUUGUUUUUCCUUGUGUUUGCGCCUUUGACGUACCCUGACAGAUUAUGAUUGAAAUGCAUUACAAAAUAUAUGGAUUACAAAAGGAUUUCUUCAAUUGUUUUCUAGUAGUCUAUGACUAUGAAUGCUACUAUAAUGUUGCUUUACUUGCUGCUGACGAUGAAACUCAAAUGACGCCAACCGGGGAAGGAAGGGGAUGUGGGGAGGAGGAUCGAGGGAGGCAGGGGGCUAUAAAGACGGAGGGAGGGGAGGCGGUGAAAAGGGGAAGAGAAAGGGGUUAUGAGGUAGGUAAGAUGAGGAGUUAAUGGCCCCUAACUUCCUGCAGAUAAAGCAGGGUCCUCAUCAAUAAUGAACCCCUUAUUGAUUACCCAUCAGGCCGUCUGCCCAUCGCUGGAGUAUGACAUCACCUCAGGCCUUCAGAGUCUGUCCCCCUUCCCGUCCUCGCUUCCUCUCUCCUCUCCAACCACAGUGCUGCAGCAGGGUCGUAUUUCACAUUUGCCCUCUAGAGCACGUUGGUGUACUUAUACUGGGGCAGAAAUGGGAGUACCCCAGAGAGGGAAGCGAAAUGUUAUAUCUACCGUGUAUACACACCUUGUUUGCAGAGCCAUUAACAAUUGUAUCAGUAAUGGUGCGCUUUCGUAUUUAGGGUGGGAUGUCAUUUUUGUGUUUAUUGUUCUUUUAUGGGCUGCUGGUGGGGUUCCAUCAAUAGAGACUGUCUCUCAUAAGGACCUUAAGAAAGUCCAAAUAAAUAUUAUUAGGGAGUCAGAUGGCUGAGCGGUGAGGGAGUCGGGCUAGUAAUCAGAAGG